UUGGGGCAGCACCUGCGGAGGGGCCCGGGGCGGCGGAGCCCGGCGGGACGAUGCCGGUGAUGAAGGGUUUGCUGGCUCCGCAGAACACCUUCCUGGACACCAUCGCCACCCGCUUCGAUGGCACACACAGCAACUUCAUCCUGGCCAACGCGCAGGUUCGCCGCGGCUUCCCCAUUGUCUACUGCUCUGACGGCUUCUGUGACCUGACUGGCUUCGCCCGCACUGAGGUGAUGCAGAAGAACUGCAGCUGCCGCUUCCUCUGCGGGGCCGAGACCAGCGAGCCCGUCCUGCAGCGCAUCGAGAAGGUGCUGGAGGGCAAGCAGGAGCAGCAGGCCGAGGUCUGCUUCUACAAGAAGAGCGGGGCCGCGUUCUGGUGCCUGCUGGACAUCAUGCCCAUCAAGAAUGAGAAGGGGGAGGUGGUGCUCUUCCUCGUCUCCUUCAAGGACAUCACGGAGAGCCGGGGCAAGACCCGUCCAGGAGACAGGAAGGAGGAGAAGCAGAGGAGCAAGAAGCCCGGCAGCUCACACCUGCGGGCGGCACGGCGGCAGGGCCGGACCGUGCUGCACCGGCUCAGCAGCCAGUUCACACGGCGGGACCGCGGUGAGAUGAAAAUCAACCGGAAUGUGUUUGAGAACAAGCCGUCCAUCCCUGAGUACAAAGUAGCCUCGGUGCAGAAAGCCCACUUCAUCCUGCUGCACUACAGCAUCUUCAAGGCCCUCUGGGACUGGCUGAUCCUGGUGGCCACCUUCUAUGUGGCUGUCACCGUCCCCUACAAUGUCUGCUUCACCAGCAUGGAGGACAGCCUCUCGGCCGCGCGCAGCACCAUCGUCAGCGACAUCGCGGUGGAGAUGCUCUUCAUCCUGGACAUCAUCCUGAAUUUCCGGACGACGUAUGUGAGCCACUCAGGCCAGGUGGUGUAUGAGCCCCACUCCAUCUGCAUCCAUUACGUGGCCACCUGGUUCUUCGUGGACCUGAUUGCCGCGCUGCCCUUCGACCUGCUCUACAUCUUCAACGUGACUGUGACCUCACUGGUGCAUUUGCUGAAGACGGUGCGCCUGCUGCGCCUGCUGCGCCUGCUGCAGAAGUUGGACCGCUACUCGCAGUACAGCGCCAUGGUGCUGACACUGCUCAUGUCUGUGUUCGCGCUGCUGGCCCACUGGAUGGCGUGCAUCUGGUAUGUCAUCGGCCGCAAGGAGAUGGAGAGCAACGACCCGCUGACCUGGGACAUUGGCUGGCUGCACGAGCUGGGCAAGAGGCUGGAGGCUCCCUACAUCAACAACUCAGUGGGGGGCCCCUCCAUCCGCAGCGCCUACAUCGCCUCCCUCUACUUCACCCUCAGCAGCCUGACCAGCGUGGGCUUCGGCAACGUCUGCGCCAACACCGAUGCCGAGAAGAUCUUCUCCAUCUGCACCAUGCUCAUCGGGGCUCUCAUGCACGCCGUUGUCUUUGGCAACGUCACGGCCAUCAUCCAGCGCAUGUACUCGCGCCGCUCACUCUACCACACUCGCAUGAAGGACCUCAAGGACUUCAUCCGCGUGCACCGGCUGCCCCAGCAGCUCAAGCAGAGGAUGCUGGAGUACUUCCAGACCACCUGGUCGGUGAACAACGGCAUAGAUGCUAACGAGCUGCUGCGUGACUUCCCCGACGAGCUCCGUGCCGACGUGGCCAUGCACCUGAACAAGGACAUCCUGCAGCUGCCCAUCUUCGAGACCGCCAGCCGCGGCUGCUUGCGCUCCCUCUCGCUGCACAUCAAGACGUCGUUCUGUGCGCCGGGCGAGUACCUGCUGCGGCAGGGCGAUGCGCUGCAGGCCAACUACUUUGUCUGCUCUGGCUCCCUCGAGGUGCUGCGGGACAGCGUGGUGCUGGCCAUCCUGGGUGAGGGCUGUCCCCACAGCACCUUGCUGCCCGCCCGGCACGGGGCUGGCACCGCCAUAGCCCCUGCCCCAUCCCCUCCUGCAGGCAAAGGGGAUCUGAUCGGCGCCGACCUGGCCAGCAGGGACCCCGUGAUCAAAACCAACGCGGACGUGAAGGCGCUGACCUACUGUGACCUGCAGUACAUCGGGCUGCGCGGGCUGCGCGAGGUGCUGCAGCUCUACCCCGAGUACGCUAGCAAGUUCGCAGUGGACAUCCACCAGGACCUCACCUUCAACCUGCGGGAGGGCAGCGAGAUGGAGGUGGGUGCGUGUCCUCCCCUGCAGGCCCCUUCCCGUCCUCGCGUCCCCAGAGCUGGGAGCAGGGCUGGGGCUCUGCGUGGCCGGGAUAGGGAGUUCGUCUGCUCCGUUCUCGUGCUCCUGAGGCUCCGUGGCUCUGCUGCCCCGUGCAGGUAUGUCCCGGCGGCUUUUCUCAGCUCUGUGCAACCCGGGCACUUUCAAAGCCAAAGCAAGAGCGUUUGCAGCGGAGGAGUCUGAGGUGGACGCGGGGCUCGGAAGUGGGGUGGGAGGAGGUGGUGGGUAGGUAGCAGGGGCACAGCACCCCCGCAGGAGGCGGCCGAGUUGAGUUCCGGGAGGUUCUCUGCGGCACAAAAAGCCCCGCGUCCCCUGGCCAUCGUCUCCUCCCCCUCGGUUCGGAGCAGUGUGCCCCCCGGCACCCACCACCCCCAGGGCAGGGCGGAAGGUCGCUCUCUGCACCAAAGAGCUUUGCCUCUCACUUGAGAGAGGUAUGAACAAACGCAGGCGGAUGCAAGCAAAGCGCAUUGUGUCCUGCAGGAGCCCUGUUCUGCCCGUGGGGAGGUGCUGUCCUGACAGCGGGGUCUCGGCCGUAGCUCUGGCUGAGUUCUGGGGCCCAGCACAGCACUGAGAGCAGCAAA